GUUGCGAUCUCUGUUUAACAAAAAUUUAUUUUCAAUUUAAUACGGAACAAUUAACGACAAUUAAUUUUUUUAUUUAUUUAUUUAUUUAGUGUCUACUUUUGUUGUUUUGAAACUUCUCUUUUGUACUUGAUUCUAAAAUCAUUUAUUACUUUAAAUUCUCGAUUCUAUGGGGAGUAGAAGCAGGUCUGGUGGGUUUGAGAGAGAAGAAAGAAGUCGUAGGAGUAGAGAUGAAUCCUAUAAUUACAGAGAUAAUGGCAAUGGAAUUUCUGAAAACAUAGGCAGCUCAAGACAAAAACUUCCUCUUCUUCAGUUCACAACUGACAUAAAUCCGGCAAUUUUUUCUGGUCCAAUUCCUCUUGAUAUGAGUUCAUCCUCCACCAGAAAUCAGUUCUCUGGAAACUUUAGGAAUGAUAAUUAUUCUGGAAACAGUUCCGCAGAUAGCCCUCAUGAUCGAAAAUUUAGUCGAAGAGAUUCUUACGGGUAUGAUGAUGAAGAUCGGCGAUCUCGCAGAUAUGAAAGAGACAGAUAUGAUCGUGAGAGAGAUUAUGAUCGAGGGCGAGACCGUAGUCGGGACAGAGAUAGAGGUCGUGAUCGUACGCGAGAUCGAUCAUAUGACAGAGAUGAUGAUCGACGAGACAGGGAUCGUGAGAGAAUGCCACGAGAACGAGAUUGGCGUGAAGAAAUACCAAAUAAUACCCUCAUGGUACGAGGCCUUGAUGUGUCUGUCACUGAAAAUGAAAUACGUGAAGAAGUUCUGAGAUAUGGACUUGAACCAAAGGAUAUUCGUUUAAUUAGAGAAAAAGGAACAGGUGCAUCUCGCGGCUUUGCUUUUGUGGAGUUUCAGUUACUAUCCGAAGCCGUACGGUGGAAGGAACUUACCAAGGGUAAUGUUAUAUUCAGAGGCAGUAAUCGAGCAAGUCUUCACUAUAGUAUUCCCAAAGACUUACUUGGAGCUGAACGUUAUAUGUUGAAUAAAGCUGAUUGGGAUUGCCCUAAAUGUGGAAUGAGUAACUUCAAGAGAAGAGAUUACUGUUUCAAAUGCAACUCUGCAAGAGAAGAAUCAUUUGAAUGGCAACAUGGAGACUGUUACAAUGAAAUAAGCAAUACUCCAUCCAACACACUUUUGUUUGGAAAUUUGGAUGUUUUAACUACAGAAGGUAGAGUGUUAGCAAUGUUAGGUCAACUUACUACUCUUCCUAUAAAAAGUUUACGUGUUGCCAAGGAUUCUCUUACUAAUACUUCUCGGGGUUAUGCUUUUGUUGAACUGAAUUCCACAUCUGAAGCCAUUCAACUUUAUGAGCUACUCUUAUCCAUGCAAGGAAACUUUUAUGUUGAUGGGAGACAAGUCACUGUAUCUUAUGCCAAAAGAUCUUUAGCGCAAAGAAAUAGUUCUGGAAGUGCUAAUGCUGCGAUUGUUGCAUUGGCUGCUGCGCAAUGGACUAAUCAGAAGCAAGAUGAUACUGGUUAUGAUCAGUAUUAUGGUGCUAACAGUACUUCUGCUGGAGCAGCAUCAGGAACUGAAAAUGCAUCAAAUCCAACCUAUGACAGUUCUGUGCCUAACCAGGCACACAUGGCAAGCUUAGGCACUGUUGUUGUAAAUGGUGUAACUUAUUAUAAAUAUCCUCUGCCAGAUAUUUCCACCUAUCAAUAUGAUGAGUCUUCUGGUUACUAUUAUGAUGCUACAACAGGCCUUUACUAUGAUGCCAAUUCACAAUAUUAUUAUAAUUCUGAGAGUCAACAAUAUUUAUAUUGGGCUGGUGAACAUCAAACGUAUUUACCAGUUCAAUCGACUCAAAGCACAACUUCAGCAGACGUCUCUGCACAGUCAACAAUAGCAUCGAUGCCUACAGCAGCAACAACUGCUCAAGGUAAUGCAGCAACUAAUCUGACUGAGACAGAAGAACAAGGGAAAAAGAACAAAAAAGAAGAAAAAUUAGAUAAAGUGAAAAUAGCUAAGAAAAUUGCAAAGGAUAUGGAAAAAUGGGCGAAAACUCUCAACCAAAAGAAAGAAAAUGCGAAAUUGGGUAUAGUUGCCAGUCCGCCCAUCACUAUGAAUCCAACUCUUAUGAUGAAUAGCGACAUAUCUCGGCAUUCCGCAGCAGCAGAUGCUGGUUUUGCCAUACUAGAAAAACGAACAUCACUAGCUGAAAGAAAUGCACUAAUGGCAGAACUUGAUAGUAAAUUAGGGGUGUCUGCUACGAAAACAACAUUGGUGUCAUAUGGAGAUGAUAGCGAUUCAGACACAGAACCAGACACGGCUCCUGAUGUAAAAAGACCACAGAAUAGUAAAGUAGAUGAGUCGAGAUUUAUUGAUUUAUCAAAAAUGGCAUGUUUGUUGUGCAAAAGACAGUUUCCAAAUAAAGAUGCAUUGUCAAGGCAUCAACAGUUAUCUGAUUUGCAUAAGAAAAACCUAGCAAAGAUUACAGGAAAUACGUGACAUUUUGAAAUUACUGCAUAAUAGAUAGAUGAAAUCAAGUGCUGUAUGUAUCGAGACGUUUUCUCGUAUUUUUUGUGUCGCAUCUGCUCAUACUUCCAAUUCUCACAAAUUUUGUACUUCCACUCAUAAAAUCACUCCAUCAAUUUGUUAUUGAUUAUGAACAUUUGAAAUCCUUCUCUAACAUUUUGUUUCUGAGCUGGUUUUCAUAACGUCUUCUACAAAAUUCUUGCCAUUUUAUAAUUUUAUUUUUUGUAUAUACUGUUAUAUUUUGCUGUUGGAAAGGAUAGCUGAAUAAAAGUUAUUGGUUUUAUUACAA